AUUUUGUACAGAGUAAUGCAGGAGUAGUUUCAUUCAUGAUUGUGCCUGAGGUCCUUAAAGAAGAUAAUUAUCAAAGGUGGUGCAUUUUCAUGAAACACUAUUUAGUGGCUCAAGACCUUUGGGAUGUGGUUGUAUUAAACAAGAUGCGUCAUGCUCAUGGAGAAGACCCAAAGAAGUGGAAUCAAAGAAAUGCUUUAGCUCUGCAUGCUAUUAAGAUCUCAUGUGGAGAAGCAAUGUUUGAUAAGAUUAAGGAGAUGAAUUCAGCAAAAGAUGCUUGGAAAGCAUUGGCUGACUUGCAUAGACAACCAAAUGACAACGGGAACGAAGAUACAGGAUUCAGGACUUUUGAAAGGAAACAAGCCAUAACAUUGCUCAAGCACAUAAAAAAGGGAGCUUCUGACGCUGUAAAAAAACACUUUGUAGAACAUCAAGAUACUGUGUAUCUUGCAGCAUUAAGAACCCUUCCUCCAGCAUUAGAAGACCGUUCCACUCUUCUUCAUGUUGCAAUUGCUGCUGGCCAGGUAAAGUUGGCUAAGGAACUAAUUUCGAUGAUGUUCAAAAAAGAGUUGGAAAUACAAAAUAAGCGCGGCCAGACAGCUCUCUCCUGGGCUGCUUGUAAGGGAAGUAGAAAGAUCGUAGAAUGUUUGGUUGAAAAGAACAAAAGAUUGCUUGAAAUACCAGAUUGUGAGAAGAAGAUCCCACUUGUAUUGGCCUGUGUCUCUGACCAUAUUGGACUCGAUCUGCUGCGCAAAUUUCCAGAUUUGACAUUUCACAAAAGCUCUUUGGAACCUACCCCUGUUAUUUCAGUGUUGGAAGUUGAACGCAUUGUUCCAAGAUUUUAUAGAGAACACAGAAAUAAAAAUGACGAAACUCCUUUAGAAGUGUUUGGUAGGGAACACGAGGGUUUACUUAAAGAAGCUCAAAUAUGGGUGAAAGAAACAGUAAAUUUUGCUGCAAUUAUAGGCGUUCUCCUCAUUGGCAUUAUGUUUGCAGCGGCUAUUACUGUUCCUGGUGGUAAUAAUGACCAGGAUGGCUACCCUAACUUCUCUAAAAGAGCAUCCUUUGGGGAGUUCUUAACAUGGGACCAACUUUCUUUCUAUUUUGCAGCUCUCUCAGUCUUGUAUUUUUUGCAUAUCCAUGAGUCGGGUCUUACCAAGGAAGAUUUCCUAACUGGACACUUUACUGCCAAGUUGACCUGCAGCUUCUAUUUUCUAUUCUGGUCCAUUGGAAGCAUGCUAUUGAGCUUUAGAGCUUCUGUUGAACUUUUGCUUCCUGACAAUUCUACUUUGCAGAGCACCAUUUUCUCUGCAGUUUUCCUUGGCGGUCCAUAUGUCUACAUUUUUCUGAAACACUUUGUCCCUCUUCGUGAGAUUUUAGUUUUCAGAAUUUUUUAAUAGAAAAUGAAGUUUCGACCCGUUUUCAGAUUUUAUCUUUGAACAAGUCCACUAUCCUGUUUCAAUAUAUGCGUGGUUAAGUAUCAUCCCUUCUGCACGUGUACUAGAACCUAAAUUCCGCACGUUGCGUGGUCUUGUGUGCUUAUUUUUUCUCCGGAUUUGGAUGUGCUCUAUGCCUCUAUGUUUAUUGUAAUAUUAUUAAUGUUAAAGUUUGCUGUGACAUAGAAUUUUAAUUUAAAUUCAGAGGUGGUGUAUCAAUAAUUUAAUAUAACUAUUAAUUGUUU